GAGAUUUUGUAGCCUUAAACUUGUUGCCCUGUUUCCUCUGUCCACGUUUCACCCAGCAGCACUAAGUACCUCCUCCUUUCCCCCCAGUCGCUCCAGUAACUCCGUUAAAAGGCUUAGAUUAAACAGGAUUAGCGCGUUCAAAGAUCUUCUCUACCGGAGCCAUCUGCCCAGGAAACGCCUUGUGAACACCAUGUCACCCUGUCGCUGUUACCUUUGCAGGAAAACAGCAAGUUGUCGCUUGCUUCAAGUGUUGUGACCUUUUUCUGCACUGGGAGACUUCAAAACUAUGCCAACUUGGAGGACAUCAUUGCAAAACCCAAGGGGAAGUGCUGCUUUGAGGAUCUAAACAAGGAUUUAAAAUGUCCAUCAUGUGGAGAUGUCUUUUAUUUAGUUUAGUGCUCAUGUUUUUGGACCUGAGGCCAGUCACCGCUCUGGAAGGAUCCUCCAUGGGUCCACUUGAGGUGGCACUUGGCGACAAAGCAGCGUCUUUCCAGCGUGUCCUUCGUGUAUCCGACAUCGUUGUAUCCCGAGGAAGUCGUGUGGCUCUGUCCAGACGCAAACGCAACAUCCUCUUUCCGAGCGGAGUCAAGCUGUGCGCCCAGGAGAGCGCCAAGCAGGUUGUUGCGAACCACCUCAGUUUCUUCAAUCUCAGAGUGUGCCAGGAGACUAUGUGGGAGGCUUUCAAAAUCUUCUGGGAACGCCUCCCCGAGCAAGAGGAGUACCAGAGCUGGAUGAACCAGUGUCAGGAAGGGCUAGUGACGGCGCGAGAUAUCGGUACCUACUUCAGCCAAUCGGAGGAGCAUCAGGGGGUGGUCAAAAAGAAAAUGUCCCUGCCUGGCUUGAAAAGUGAACCCACUGAGUCUGGACACCAGACAUGCGGCACACCGGCUCCUGAUGUGACAAUCGCCACCAAGGCUCCUGCCAACGAAGAAGACUUAGGGGAGACAGAAGACGUGGAGGAAGCACCAGUUGCCAUUGUGCCAGAAAUUGAGCUGGACAAUGAUAUUCCCGUGGAGCCAGUACCUGCGGCCGUGUUGGAGCAGGUGGUGGAGCUGAGUAUCCUCCUCACAGGAGUCAUGUACAACGAUGACUUGGGCGACCAGAACUCGCUACACUAUCAGACCCUCAGCAGACAGCUUGCUCAGAAGAUUGAGGACGCUCUGUCGGGACUUCCUGGUUACAAGAGUGUGUCUGUAUUGGACUUCAGGCCUCACAAGGAUUUGCAAGGGCUGGACGGCAUCGUGGUGGACUACGCCGUCACCCUGGUGGUGGACGACGCGGGCAUCAGCAACAACCAACUGGACUACCUUACCUUGCAGUCCAACCAGGUGGAGAACUCGUACCGCGAGGUCAAGGAGCACCCAACGCUGGUCUACGCCAUCAGUGAGCUCAAGACCUUUGUGACCGAGGACCUCCUGAAGGGCGCUCUGGAGAGUGAGCCCGCGUCCAUCCACACCACAAGAGAAACCUCGAAUGAGGCAGCCAAUGUUCUCAUCAUGGAUGACGUCAAGAGAGACCAAUUGCUGCCUGAAAGCGCAGAAGGAGACACGGUGGAGACAUCUGAAAGCGACAUUGUUGUCCUAGAGGAGAGCUCUGAGAUAUCUCCACCCGUUGUGGUUGCGACCGCUUCGUCUGAGACUGGCAGCAUCAGGGAAGAAGAUCUGCUUCUGGAGAACACCGUGCAGACCACCGCUGCAGAUAAUCCCGCAGACAAAGACCAGGAGGAGCCGCCCCCCUCCGAGGAUCAAGAUACUGUCACAUUGCCUGAACCACCAGUGGUGGUGGAGGCCUCAGGCACAGGUGACCUGGACAACCUCCUGGGGCCAGAUACAACUCUAGCAACGGAAGACAUUGAAGACGUGGUUGUUCUGGAAGAGAAGCAUCUGGACAAUGGUGUUGACACAGAAGACCUUCUUGUUAGUGAAACAGCAGAAGACAACUUUGUUCCUGAUGUAGUGAGUGAGGAACUUGAAGUCGAUUCUAAACAUCCUGAGGGACCUUUAGUUGAAGAAGCUGGUAUCGAUGAAGCAACGGAGAGUGGAGGGCAAACUCCUGAGGAAGCACCAGCCUCACCCCCGGUAUCCCUUGAAGAACCACUAGAAGCUUCUGAGAUCGCCAGUGACGAUAUCGCAGAAGACGACAUCUUGUUGGUAAACAGGAAUGCACCUGAAUCAUCAGUUAGCGUUCCUUUGAGCCCCUCCCAACCGACUGCAAUGUCCGCCGAGGACGAGAUACCUUUCAUGAGUGGAGCUGAUGUCAACACAGCUGUGGAGGGUCAGGAUGACAUCGUUAUGCUUUCAGCCGUGGAGAUCCAGAACAGUGCUGACAAUGAUUCUCCCAUCGAAGACCUCACUUAUGAUGUUCUCAAUUAUGGCUCAAUCAAUCAGACAGAAGAAGGCAGCACGGAAUUCCCCUUCAGCAUAUCACAGGGCACCGAUCCAGCCAGCAUCGCCAUGCCGGCCAAUCCCGGUCGAGCGCUCAUGGUGUUCUUCAGCUUGAGGGUGACCAACAUGAUUUUCUCUGAGGAUCUCUUCAACAAGAGUUCACCAGAGUACAAAGCAUUGGAGCAGCGCUUCCUAGAGCUGCUUGUGCCCUACCUCCAGUCCAACCUGAGUAACUUUGAGAACUUGGAGAUCCUAAACUUCCGCAAUGGAAGCAUUGUGGUCAACAGCCGGAUGAAAUUUGGCAAGCCCGUGGCUCAGGGCGUCACCACCACCGUCUAUCUGAUCCUGGAGGACUUCUGCAACACAGCCUACCAGACUAUGAACCUGGCCAUCGAUAAGUACUCCCUGGACGUUGAAUCAGGCGACCAGGCCGACCCGUGCAAGUUCCAGGCAUGUAACGAGUACGCCAAGUGCAAGGUGAACAAGUGGUCGGGCGAGGCCGAGUGCGUGUGCAACGCUGGCUACUUCAGCGUGGACGGUCUGCCUUGUCAGAGCAUCUGCGAGCUACGCAGCGACUUUUGCCUCAACGAUGGCAAGUGUGACAUUAUCCCUGGCCAGGGAGCCAUCUGCAGGUGUCGUGUUGGAGAAAACUGGUGGUACAGAGGAGAGCACUGUGAGGAGUACGUAUCGGAGCCUCUGGUGGUUGGCAUUGCCGUGGCCUCAGUGGCUGGAUUCCUUUUGGUGGCUUCCGGAGUGAUCUUCUUCCUCGCCAGGACUUUACGGGAUCAGUACGAUAAGGAUGAGUCAGAGGACCCAAUACGACAUGCAGAGAGCGUUCCAUCACUUGAGAGGGCGACCAAGUACAACCCCAUGUACGAGAGCGAAGCCACCACCGGCUACAGCCACUACUACCGCCGCUACCCCGAAGCUCCUGUCUACAGCAGCGCCAGCGCCGAAGCUUCCACCGACUUCAGCAGCGAGGAGAUCCGGCACAUCUACGAGAACAGCGAACUGACCAAGGAGGAAAUUCAAGACAGGAUACGCAUCAUCGAGCUCUACGCCAAGGACCGUCAGUUUGCUGAUUUCGUGCGGCAGCAUCAAGCUGUUCUGGAUACCCGAAGAGAAAGUUCUUCUGCACAGACAUGAAACAAAAAGAAUAACAUCUCUGUAUUCCAAAGACCUGUUCUGAGCAUUCAAAUACGGUCCGUCACCCAGGACACCUUCACCUCUUUCCAUGUCUGCAAUCGUCAUUGCAUAAGACGUGGGAAGCAGUUGCAGACUGUCCUUUCUCUCUCUUCCUUCCUCGGUGCCUUCUGCUGGAAAUGUCCCUCCAUGGAAAAUGUGCUUAAUCUUGAAAUGUUGUUAAAUGGAUGAAACUGAAGAACUUCAAACAAUGCUCAUGUACACACAGUAACAUAGUGCAACAGAUUUUCUUCUUUUGUGCGUUUGUGACGCUCAAAUUGAGCUGAAAGAUGCUGAGUUAGCUGAAAUUUAGUGGAUGGUGCUAUGCUCGUUGAUGUUUUAAAUGUAGUCUACCAUCUAGCAUCAAAGUGACACGUUUGGAUAAACUCUUGUCUAAUAGAGUAGCUUGCGUCAAGGUGGCCAAAUAUUGUCUCUCGUGGAAAGGUUUUGCCGACGUUUCAAGGCCCCAUCGAACCAGAUGCCCGGACAUGUUUUGCCCGUUUUAUCAGCGGCAUCCAGAAAUAAGUGAAAACACAUUUUGCCGGGGGGGGGGGAAUGUUUAGAACAAAUGGUGGGCUUUCGUAUGUCACUGCUAAAGAAUGGGGAAAAGGGGCAAAACACUUGAAGGUUAGCAGCAAUUCCUUCUUAAUGCGACUACCAGUUUGGCCCUGUCAUUGUGUUUUCUUUGGUUUUUCUCUCACAUUCCACCCUUGGACGCGUUACACUCCAUCAGUGUUCUUCUGCUGAGCAGUAAAUCGUAGCUGUCCCACUUCA